AUCUGAGACUAGAACCGAUUUCUACGACCGCAAUCUGACGAGUCGCAGAUAUGCUCUUGUCGGAGUGGCAUGCUCAAGUAUCUUCAGCUGCCCAUGCAUCAUUGCAGGCAUUGUCACUUUAGCCAAUCACGGAGUUGCCGGAGAUCAACACGAUUCCCAAUAAUCCUUAUGCUCAGUUGCCGCUGGAUAUGGAGAUAUUGGCCCUGACCCUUAACUUAAUCGUCACGUUAUGCACCGAGUCCAUAGGAUUCGUACACUGUAUCUCAUUGCGCUCUGCGCUAACCUCAGAGUCUCGGCUUUGGCUCAACACCAACCUGCGCCUUCUGACUGCAGUUCGUGGAUGGUAUAGCCCUAACGGUGCCCUGCUUAAUGGUAUCUCGGGUGUCCUCCUCGUUAUAUCCUAUAGCUCAGCCUCACUCGUCGUAUGUUUAGACUAUCAAAUACCGUCACACACGCCAAUUAUAUUUCCGGCGCGCAUUGCCUUUGCAGGGUUACCUCUCAUCAUUUUGGGCGUCGCACUCUCUCUCCAGGUGAUGAUCGCAUUAUCAGGGAUGUGGGCUGUCAAAAUAUUGACGUGGAGCUCCUCACCUUUCGACUUGACCGCCGCUCUGGUCCACCACACACAAUUGACCCCCGCUACUCUCCGGUGCAUGUGUCGUGUGUCUGACCUAGACACGUAUGGAGGUCCAACGAAGCCACCGGAGAUACAACCCUCUGCGUGGCGUGCUCACCCUAGCAUCCGGAAAGCUGUCUUUUCUCUUUGGGGGAUCGUUGCAGCAUGCGCUGGAUGGGCCGCACUUGUCAUGUAUAUCUGGGGCAAGUUUUUAGGCGGGUGGGUAUCUUCCUCUGAUGCGCUGACCCUGCAAACGGGGUCGUUCUUGCCCAACGGGGUCGGUUCCAUUCGGUAUCUUAUGCCGGGUGGAUUCUGCUCUUUGUCAACAUGGCAGUUAUCCAGGGACCGUUGACGCUUGGGCUGCAUUGCUCGGACCUCAUCGCAAAUUGCAUUCGAGACGAAAGACAAUGGAGGUGUGCUACAGGGAGGAAAGGACUUAGAACAGCGACGAACCCGGUGAAGACGAUUUUCACUCAUCCGACCUGUCUUAUAGUUUUCGUCGCGAAGCCUUUCCUACACUGGAUGUUUGGGCUUGCAUUCAACACGAAUGCCGUCGUCCAAGAUGAGAAACUGGAGGUAUUGCCGGUAGCCAUGUAUGCUGCCCAGAUCUGGAACCUAUGCAUUGCGCUUUUCAUAUUUGCUUGUUUCUUCACUUUCAUCGCACUGCGCCGACUGCGUGGCCCCCAGCCGGCUGCAUAUGGCCACAUCCAGACAUUUGCCAACCUCAUAGACGAGUGG